GGCCUCGGUGAACAACCCUCACGAUGCGAUUGGUCGACGGGAUGUGACGUCAUGUUUGUAGGCGGCGCUUGUGUAAUGACAGUACAGCUCCAUCUUUGUGGGAUUUGACAGGAGCAUUGACCUGUGCCGAGGAGGACCGAGGGCGGAAGAAGUACAGAAAAGACUCCCACAAUGGAAACGGCAUCAUAGAGACGUUGUUUUCCGAAAGAGGCUGAGAGUUAUCAUCCUGUCAGACGACGAGUCUGUUCAUUUACACAACCCUGAAAAAUGCCUUAUUUCCGAGCUCUUGUUGGGAUGGUCGAAAUGCAACGGAACUAAUGGAAUACGCGUCCUUGAAAUAACGUUUUUUUUUUAUUACUACUAUUGUUUUUUGUUUUGGAUGACACGAGUGUAUCAGAGAGACUACGUGACAGCAACGGAGAGACACACGGAAGUGCGGACAUGGCUGACAGAACUGCUCCCAACUGCCACCUGAGACUGGAGUGGGUGUACGGAUACCGGGGACAUCAGUGCCGCAACAACCUGUACUACACCGCCGCCAAGGAAAUAGUCUAUUUUGUGGCCGGAGUGGGAGUCGUAUACAACACUCGGGAGCACAAGCAGAAAUUUUACUUGGGGCACAACGACGAUAUCAUAAGUUUGGCGCUACAUCCGGAGCGUGUGUUGGUGGCCACAGGACAAGUGGGCAAAGAGCCUUACAUCUGCGUGUGGGACUCCUACACCGUGCAGACGGUGUCCAUCCUUAAAGACGUCCACACUCACGGCAUCGCCUGCCUGGCUUUUGAUCUUGAAGGACAGUGUUUGGUGUCUGUCGGCUUGGACUCAAAAAACACAAUCUGUGUGUGGGACUGGAGGAGAGGGAAGGUGCUGGCGGUCGCUCCUGGUCACACAGACAGGAUAUUUGAUAUAUCGUGGGAUUUGUACCAGCCAAGCAAGCUUGUAAGCUGUGGUGUCAAACAUAUCAAGUUUUGGAGCUUGUGUGGUAAUGCUCUAACACCCAAACGUGGGGUGUUUGGCAAAACAGGGGAUCUCCAAACCAUCCUCUGCCUUGCUUGCGCCAAGGAUGAGAUCACAUAUUCGGGUGCCUUGAAUGGUGACAUCUAUGUUUGGAAAGGGAUCAACCUGUUGAGAACCAUUCAAGGAGCUCAUGGGUCAGGGAUUUUCAGCAUGAAUGCCUGUGAAGAAGGUUUUGCCACCGGAGGUCGGGAUGGCUGUGUCCGGCUGUGGGAUCUUAACUUUAAACCAAUAACUGUCAUCGAUCUCAGGGAAACAGACCAAGGAUAUAAAGUAGCUAGAGGUGAAAAUAGCAGAGGGCUGUCUGUCCGUAGUGUGUGCUGGAGGGGAGAUCACAUUCUAGUGGGCACACAGGACAGUGAAAUCUUUGAAGUGGUGGUCCACGACCGCAACAAGCCCUUUCUCAUCAUGCAGGGUCACUGUGAGGGCGAGCUCUGGGCUUUGGCCGUGCAUCCCACCAAGCCUCUGGCCAUGACGGGAAGCGAUGACCGUUCAGUCAGAAUAUGGAGCCUUAUAGAUCAUGCAUUGAUAGCACGCUGCAACAUGGAGGAGCCGAUUCGCUGCGCAGCUGUGAGCACUGAUGGUAUUCAUCUGGCUUUGGGAAUGAAGGAUGGCUCAUUUACUGUCCUAAGAGUCAGAGACAUGACUGAGGUGGUUCACAUCAAGGACAGGAAGGAGGCCAUUCAUGAAUUGAAGUACUCCCCUGAUGGGGCUCACUUGGCUGUCGGGUCUAAUGAAAACUCAGUGGACAUCUAUGGUGUGGUGCAAAGGUACAAGAAAGUGGGAGAAUGCAUGGGCUCCAACAGCUUUAUCACACACAUGGAUUGGUCCACAGACAGCAAAUACCUGCAAACCAAUGAUGGCAGCGGCCGGAGGCUCUUUUACAGGAUGCCAAGUGGGAAGGAAGUGACCAACAGGGAGGAGCUAAAGCUGGUGCAGUGGGCUUCGUGGACCUGUGUGUUGGGCCCCGAGGUCAAUGGCAUAUGGCCCAAGUACUCGGAUAUCAAUGAUAUCAACUCAGUUGACGGCAACUUUAGCAAUCAAGUAUUAGUAACAGCGGAUGAUUAUGGAUUAGUAAAACUGUUCCGAUAUCCUUGCAUAAAAAAAGGAGCAAAAUUUAGAAAGUAUUUAGGUCACUCAGCCCAUAUAACCAAUGCAAGAUGGUCACAUGACUAUCAGUGGGUCAUAACUAUUGGUGGAGCUGAUCACUCAGUGUUCCAGUGGAAGUUUGUUCCAGAAAGAAAAUCCAAAGAGGCUUUGCACAUAGCGCCACAAGAGACCUUGGCAGACUCUAACAGUGAAGAAUCGGACUCCGACCAAUCAGACGUGCCUGAGAUGGACUCGGAAAUCGAGCAGGAGACGCAGCUCACAUACAGACGGCAGGUUUAUAAAGAAGAUCUACCACAGCUCAAAGAGCAGUGCAAAGUGAAACAUCGUGCCACGGCCAUGAAAAAAAGAGAACGGGCUCCAGCAAGUGGGAUUAAGUUACACUUCAUCCAUGGCUACAGGGGCUAUGAUUGCAGAAGCAACCUCUUCUACACCCAGACCGGGGAAAUUGUCUAUCAUGUAGCUGCUGUUGGGGUGGUGUAUAACGGACAACAAAAUACUCAGCGUUUCUAUAUGGGCCAUGACGAUGACAUCCUCUGUCUGGCUAUCCACCCCCUGAAAGACUUUGUUGCGACAGGCCAGGUUGGCAGAGAUUCCUCAGUCCAUGUUUGGGACACUGAAACAUUAAAGCCCAUAUCAGUGCUAAAAGGUUCUCACCAGCUUGGAGUGUGUGCUUUGGACUUCUCAGCGGAUGGGAGGCGCCUAGUCUCUAUUGGCCUGGAUGACAAUCACACUAUUGUGCUGUGGGACUGGAGAAAAGGCGAGACGCUCUCUGCCAUGCGAGGGAGCAAGGAUAAAAUAUUUGUUGUCAAAAUUAAUCCCUACCUCCCUGACAAGCUCAUUACUGCUGGUGUGAAACAUAUGAAGUUUUGGCAUAAAGCUGGUGGUGGUCUAAUUGGGCGCAAGGGGAACAUGGGAAAGACUGAGACUAUGAUGUGUGCGGUGUAUGGUUGGUCGGAGGAGAUGGUGUUUUCAGGCACAUGCACGGGUGACAUUUGCAUCUGGAGGGACAUGUUUCUGAUGAAGACUGUCAAAGCUCAUGAUGGCCCUGUUUUCAGUAUGCACGCGCUAGAAAAGGGUUUUGUUACUGGUGGAAAGGAUGGUAUUGUAGCUCUGUGGGAUGACACUUUUGAGAGGUGUCUCAAGACUUACGCCAUCAAGAGAGCAGUCCUCGCUCCAGGCUCUAAAGGCCUUCUUUUGGAGGACAAUCCCUCUAUUCGUGCCAUAUCCCUUGGCCAUGGCCACAUUCUUGUAGGAACCAAAAAUGGAGAGAUCCUGGAGGUGGAUAAGAGCGGACCCAUUACUCUGCUGGUCCAGGGUCACAUGGAGGGUGAAGUGUGGGGCCUGGCCUCUCAUCCUCAUCUCCCUCUCUGUGCCACUGUCAGCGAUGACAAAACCCUGCGCAUAUGGGACCUGUCUCCCAGUCACUGCAUGCUGGCUGUACGCAAACUCAGGAAAGGCGGCCGCUGCUGCUGUUUCUCCCCUGAUGGUAAGGCUCUAGCGGUGGGGCUGAAUGACGGCAGUUUCAUCAUUGUGAACGCAGACACCUUAGAAGACCUGGUGUCCUUCCACCAUCGCAAGGACGCCAUCUCAGACAUCAGAUUCUCUCCAGGAGCUGGAAAAUACCUCGCCGUCGCCUCAGCGGAUAGUUUUGUGGACAUUUACAACGUAAUGAGCAGCAAACGAGUUGGAGUUUGCAAAGGAUGUUUAAGUUAUAUCACUCAUCUGGACUGGGACAAACGAGGGAAACUACUCCAGGUCAACACGGCAGCUAAAGAGCAAUUCUUUUUUGAAGCUCCUCGAGGAAAGAGGCAGACCAUCCCAGCUUCAGAGGUGGAGAAGAUUGACUGGUGCACGUGGACAUGUGUCCUGGGCCCGUCUGCUGAGGGCACCUGGCCUGUGAUCAGUGAAGUCACUGAGGUGACCGCUGCCUGCCUUAGUAACGACAGACAGGUGCUAGCAACAGGAGAUGACCUUGGAUACGUCAAGCUCUUCAGAUACCCUGCCAAGGGCAAAUAUGCUAAGUUUAAACGCUAUGUGGCACACAGCACACAUGUUACAAAUGUGCGAUGGACCCACAACGACAGCCUUUUGGUGACAGUUGGUGGGGGUGACACGUGCCUCAUGAUCUGGGCCCAUGAGCUGGAGGGUCUGCGGGAAUUCAAGCAGUGCGACAGCGAGGAGUCGGACAUUGAGAGCGAAGACGAUGGGGGUUACGACAGUGAUGUGACGAGGGAGAACGAGAUAAGCUACACCAUCAAGGCUUUAUCCGCCAACAUGCGAGUAAUGACAGGAGUCAAACCCCACCUGCAGCUGAAGGAGCCGUCUGUGGAUGAGAGACAAGGGGUGGUCAGAGGAUCAAGGCCUCCUGUCAGCAGAGCACUGCCACAGCCAGAGAAGCUCCAAACCAACAACGUUGGCAAAAAGAAGAGACCCAUUGAGGACUUGGUUCUGGAGCUGGUGUUCGGUUACCGUGGCAGCGACUGUCGCAACAACGUGCACUAUCUGAACGAGGGGGCCGACAUUAUCUACCACACAGCUUCAGUCGCCAUCGUUCUCAACCUGACAACUUCUUGCCAAAGUUUCUAUUUAGAACACAGUGACGACAUUCUGUGCCUGACAAUCAAUCAACACCCCAAAUUCCCCAACGUAGUGGCAACUGGCCAAGUAGGUGAUGCUGGUGACAUGGCAGCUACAUCUCCGUCCAUCCACGUAUGGGAUGCCAUGACCAAGCAGACGCUAUCGGUGUUGCGUUGUUUCCACUCCAGUGGCGUUUGCUCUGUCAGCUUUAGCGCCACAGGAAAACUCCUGCUGUCUGUUGGUCUGGACCCUGAGCACACCAUUACCAUCUGGAAGUGGCAGGAAGGUGCCAAAGUAGCCAACCGAAUUGGUCACAGCCAGAGGAUCUUUGUGGCUGAAUUUCGGCCUGACUCGGACACACACUUUGUGUCUGUAGGGAUCAAGCAUGUGCGUUUCUGGACUUUAGCUGGUCGAGCUUUGCUUAGCAAGAAAGGUGUGCUGAGUUCCAUCGAGGAUGCCCGGAUGCAGACUAUGCUGUCUGUGGCCUUUGGAGCUAAUAACUUGACAUUUACAGGUACCAUAAGUGGGGAUGUGUGUGUAUGGAAGGAACACAUUUUAGUAAGAAUAGUGGCCAAAGCUCACACGGGCCCUGUGUUCACUAUGUACACCACACUGAGAGACGGCCUGAUCGUCACAGGAGGCAAAGAAAGGCCGUCAAAGGAUGGUGGCGCUCUGAAGCUCUGGGACCAGGAACUAAAACGCUGCAGAGCAUUUCGUUUAGAAACGGGACAGAUCAUAGACUGCGUUCGUUCUGUAUGCAGAGGAAAGGGUAAAAUCCUCGUCGGGACCCGCAAUGCUGAAAUAAUUGAAGUGGGAGAAAAGAACGCCGCCUGCAACAUUCUAGUGAACGGACACAUGGACGGCCCUAUAUGGGGUUUGUGUACUCACCCCUCCCGGGACGUGUUUCUGUCUGCAGCAGAAGAUGGCACCGUUCGCCUGUGGGACAUCCCAGAAAAGAAGAUGCUGAAUAAAGUGAACCUGGGCCACCCUGCACAUGCCAUCAGCUACAGUCCUGAAGGAGACAUGGUGGCAAUCGGUAUGAAGAACGGAGAGUUCAUCAUCCUGUUGGUCGCCUCCCUUAAAAUCUGGGGAAAGAAAAGAGACCGUCGUUCUGCUAUUCAAGAUAUUAGGUUUAGUCCAAAUUCUCGAUACCUGGCUGUCGGCUCCACCGAGUGUGCCGUUGACUUCUAUGACCUGACGCUUGGCCCUCAGCUGAACCGCAUCAACUGCUGCAGAGACAUCCCCAGCUUUGUCAUGCAGAUGGACUUCUCUGCUGACAGCAAUCACAUCCAGUUAUCCACAGGUGCUUAUAAACGACUUGUGUACGAAGUGCCAUCUGGGAAGCAGAUCACAGAACAGUUUCAUAUUGAUAGGAUUACUUGGGCUACCUGGACAAGUGUCCUUGGGGACGAGGUCAUUGGGAUCUGGUCCCGUAACACAGAUAAAGCAGACGUUAUCUGCGCCUGUGUGUCCCACUCGGGCCUUAACAUCAUCACAGGUGACGACUUUGGGAUGGUGAAGCUGUUUGACUUUCCCUGUUUGGAGAAGUUUGCCAAACACAAACGCUUUCUGGGUCACUCAGCUCAUUUGACAAACAUCCGCUUCACAAACGGGGACCGCUUUGUCGUGAGCGCUGGUGGAGACGACAGAAGCCUCUUUGUGUGGAGGUGCGUCCACAGCCUGCACUGAGUGUGUCUGCGUCUCCUGCCACAGCUCUUCAGGCUGCAUUGAAGCAGGGAGAAAGAAGAGGACAGACCUGGCAGCUUGAUGAUGAUAUAAAGUGGAUUUUUUAUUUUUAUUCUACUGCCUCAAAUCUAGGUGCAUGCUCACAGUCCUGAUUGUGAAUUUAGUUGGGGGCAAACAGCCCUGCUCUCAUGACAUCCCAUUAUCAAUGAGGGGGGGAAAAAAGGGUUAUUGUGUGCAUAUCAUUCAGUGAAGAAUACAAAAAAGACCAAUUGUGUACAUUUUGCCACUUGGCAGGCCUAUAAACUUGUGUUACUGAUGAUGCCAUUUUUUAAGACAUGUAGCAAACUGAAUUAGCCUUAAUAUGAGUGUCUGUGAAGGUUGUUUUUCUAGGUUAUGUUUAACGUUUUUUUUUUUUUUAUCACAUUGCCCUUCAUUCUAUUUUUACUGGUAUCUCCAAAUCCUGUGGCCUUCCUCCUGAAUGUAACAUCCACUGUUAUGUUCUGGAUGUCAGCAUGCCAAAGCAUACUAUGCACUGUACACCUGACCUGGUCACUGUGUCGCCCCCCCCUUCAUCUGAGUUUCGUGGUCGUGUUGUUGACCGGUUGACUCCAUCGUCCCUCGUCCCAUCAUGACAUACUGUGCGCGUCCUUUUUUGAGGAUUUGUUCGUGUUUAACGGGCAUGCAUGGCUUCAAGGAAGACAAUCUCUUCAAACCAAAUUCCUCAGAAAUGUUUAAAAAAGAAAAAAGCUGUACACAGAUACGUCAAUGCACUGUUGCUCUACUUGGAUUGAUUUGUAAUGUUUUGGUUAUUUCUGGGUGUGCGUGCUGCUAUGAUAUAAUAUCGUUGUGUUUUAUUGAACUUGAACAGUGUGACUUUUACCAACAGUGACGGUGAUGUUUGUGUAAUAGGAUAUAUUGUGUUUAAAAGGAAUGUUUAUCAAAGACAAGACUAUUAAAAAAAUGCAAAACAAGUUCCUAUUAAGGACAAAUCAAACAAAUGUUGCUGCAUAUUUUUAUUUACAUUUCAUUGGUGUACAUAUCAUUUGUAUAUAUUCUUUUUUGUAUAUUUUUGUGGGAUGUUUCAUAAAUUCCAUUUUAGUAAUAAAAAAAGCAACUAUGAACUUCAAA